AUGGAAUCGGUCCUCUCCUAUGCCUGUGCAGUUGGCUUUCUGCGUGUCAAUCACCACGCUGAGAAAAGAGGUUCGCAGGCUUCCCCAGACUGCCCGAGAGAUCAGUGCACAUGGAAACGGAUGAGAGGCCCUGCUCCUGAGACCCGGGGCUGGGAAGAAACGGCGAGCCAGAGCCUGCGGCCCCAACACCACCCCCUCUGCUCCCCCAUCCAUAAAACGGGAGCAGCCUGGCUCGCUCCCUCGCUCCCAGCGUGGGCUGAGGGAAGAGUCGGGCCUCGAUCCUACACUGGGCAACCAAUCCGACCCCCUUGUUUUACAGCUCCAGGAGGAGGAAAAGCGGAGGUGCCAGGAACAGCUGCGAAGGAAGAAGAGGAGCGUCUGUGGAAGGUGGCUGAGGCCCGGAGAAUCAUGGAGCAGGAGAAGCAGCAGCUGGCCCUUGAGAGGGAGCCCGAGAAGCUGCAGGAAAAGUGGGAGCUGCAAGAGAAGAAGAGAUUACUGUGGGAACUGGAGAAGAGGAAGAAGGAGGAGUGUCACCGUCAACAGCAAGAGCCAAAGAAGCUGCAGGAGGAGCAGGAGAAGGCCAAGGACGCUGCAGCUGCUGCCUGGAAUCUAGUUUGCAGCUCUUAUGAAAUGACCCCACAGGACCCUGCAGGAGGCCCCAAGAACAGCUAUGAUAACUAUGGCAUGGAUCUUCAUAGUGAUGACUCCACAGAUGAUGAGAACCAGCCCCGAAAGCCUACUCCUGCUUGGGCCAGCGGGUCCCAGCUCAGCCAGGCCAUCAUCCGUCAGUACUACAUGUCUCCUGACAUCGACCAGCUCUUUGGGACCAUCCCCAGUCCAAGCCUGGAGGACAUAUUCGACAAGAGUGAACUGCAUUAGCACAGGCGCACCGGCUCGGUUGACUGGCAUUCCCCGCUGCUGCCGGGGCCCAGCUACUUGUAGGCAUGUCCUAUGGCCUGAAGAAGCCGUGAGGAGGGUUGGCAAGGUCCCUCGUGGCUCUCACAUGAAUUCAGAAUGACUGUGCAUGUGUUUAAGAAUUGAAGUUGUUUUAGUGUAGGCAAACACAAAGGCGAGUUUGGAGCCAAAGGCCUUUCUAGAGCUGCAGUGGGAGCCAGGCCUGGGGGCAGCAUAGACCGAGACCCCAAGAAGCUGCGAGCGAGCUUGAGGGCCAGCAGCGCUUGAAGCACCCACACAAUGAGCUGGCAGCCCCCCCUACCUAUAUAUAAGUGC